UUCUGAUGGAUAUGGUGGAGCUUCUUCACCUCGCAUAGCCAUGUCCUUCCACGACGGUCCCCAUAAGUUACUAUUUCUCUAUUCAACAGGUAACUUUGCGCCUAUCGCGGCUUGCCCAAGAAGGACUGAUCUCCUAUAACAUUGUCAAUGUACGGGCCGGCCAAAAACCCGAUUUCGCACGAUCUGCUUCGGAUCAUGGCCUACUUUAUCAGAUAAGGAACCAGAUCAUUAUCAGAGGACAUCUCUACCAUAUGGCUGGCAGAAAAGAAGGUGCCACAUAAGCUGCACUCCUUCUAUCCACCAUGGAGGAUAACAAGAGCAUUUCCAGCGAGGCGCCGCACCUUUGCGCUGAGGAGGUUGUCGCGCACAGCGGUGUUGCGAAGAUUAAAGCUACACAUAAGGUGUACGGCAAGUACUCCAAGUGGUUCCUGUUCGUUGGGUUUGUUUGUCCGUACAUCUAUUCUCUCGAUGGUCAGACAACUUGGGCGGACCUUGCAUUCGCGGCGUCUUCUUUGAACAACCACAGUCUUAUUAGUACGAUCCAGGUCGCCCAGUCUAUCAUCAUUGCAUGUGGGAAACCUGUCAUUGCCAAGGUCGCCGAUGUUCAAUCAAGAGGAGCAGCAUACGUUACAGUUUUAAUAUUUUAUGUCCUCGGUUACAUCGUCAUUGCAAGCGCCCAUAGCAUCCAAACAAUUGCCGGAGGCAUCAUCUUAUAUGCUAUUGGUUACACAGGCCUCCAGCUACUCACCCAAAUCAUUAUCGCUGACAUAACUACCCUUCAAUGGCGUGGUCUUGUAUCCGGAUUGAUGUCCCUCCCGUUCAUUAUCAAUGCCUUCAUCUGCAGUAACAUCAGCACGCAGGUCCUCAACGGCGCUGGGUGGAGAUGGGGAUAUGGGAUGUUCGCGAUCUUGAUUCCCACAUCCUUGGCUCCGCUCGUUGUUACGCUCGUCUUGGCAGAGAGGAAAGCAAAGAGACUUAAUUUGGUGUCAGAAAAGCCUGUCGAGGAUGCGCGAAAGGACAAACCUUUCGACAAGAAAGUGCUCGACCUUGCCUCUCAGCUCGACAUCUUCGGCUUGGCGCUCAUAGGAACAAGCGUCGCAUUGAUCUUGCUCCCAUUUACGCUAGCAGAUAAUGCGAAAGGGGAAUGGCACAACCCAUCAAUGAUCGCUAUGGUGGUUAUUGGCUGUGUCCUUUUCCCUCUCAUCGGUCCUUGGGAGUUCAAGUUUGCCAAGUUCCCGGUGAUUCCGUUGAGGUACGUCAAGAACAAGAGUGUCGUGGGUGCAAGUUUGAUUGGAUUCUUUGAUUUUAUCCUGUUCUAUCUCACAUAUUUGUACCUCUAUUCUUUCGUUCUAGUCGUGAAACGAUGGUCCUUGAUCGAUGCAACCUACUUCAUCCAGACGCAAUCCGUGGGGCUGACAUUCUUUGGCAUUUGUACUGGUGUAGCCAUGCGUUAUUUCCAUCGAUACAAGCUUAUGUUGAUCAUCGGUCUAUGCAUCCGGUUGCUUGGCGUCGGUCUCAUGGUUCACUCUCGCGGUGUCAACGCAUCAGACGCAGAGAUUGUUUGGACUCGAAUCCUCCAAAGCGUGGGCGGCGGCAUGGCAUCCGUCACGAUCCAGGUAGCUGCUCAAGCCAGCGUUCCGCAUAUCGAUGUUGCCAUGUUAACUGCAGUCUUUCUUCUCUUGACUGAGAUCAGGGGAGCCAUUGGAAGUGGAAUUGUUCACCUUCUCGUCGAUGGCUGCACGGUAUUCAUCCAUUUAUUUUCAGCAUAUUCCGAUGUUAUGAAAGUCAUGCUUAUCGUGGCUGUCGUCCUCAGUGUUGUGCUUUUGAUAGUGGCAUUCUUUAUGCCAAACUGGCACCUCGGUGAUAUACAGAAUGCAGUCGAUCAUGAACAAUUGGAUGGUGAGAAGAGUCCGGAGGACCAGAAGGCCUAA